UUCAUUUGAAUGGAUCAAUUUAUUACGGUACUUGUCUAGUACAUUUGUCAACAUGUGGAAGUGUCUAGAGCUUGUAUUUUGUAUAUACGGAAACCUUGUCUAUGCAGAUGAUGCUUGGCGUCAUGUGAAUAUAACUCAGGGUCAAGUGCGAGGCCGCAUGGUGCCUGAUGGUGGUGUUUAUGCAUUUUACAAUAUUCCAUAUGCCACUGCUCCGACAGGUUCCAAUAGAUACAAGGCUCCUCUCCCUCCGCCAGUAUGGUUGACGCCAUUCGUAGCUGAAGAUCGUAAGAUAAUCUGUCCGCAAUCUUGGCCAGAACCAAUGAAUAUUCAAGAAGACUGCCUGGUGGCCAAUGUGUAUGUUCCAGACACUGAGGAGACUAAUCUACCCGUGUUAGUAAACAUACAUGGCGGCGGGUACCAAACAGGAUUCGGAACACUUUCAGAAUUUAACGCUUUGGUGAAAACCAAAAAGUUAAUAGUUGUUACAUUUAACUACAGAUUAGGUGUUCAUGGUUUCCUGUGUCUUGGUACUGAGUCUGCCCCUGGUAAUGCCGGAUUGAAGGAUAUGGUAGCGCUACUACGUUGGGUAAACACCAAUAUUGCCAGUUUUGGCGGUAACCCUGAUGAUGUGACUCUGGCCGCCUGCAGUGCCGGAUCUGGUGCAGUGGACUUCCUUACUCUUUCAAGUAUUACAAAAGGAUUGUUCAAAAAAGCUAUCAUGGAAAGUGGUGUCAGUAUUGGUGGUGUCGGAGCACAAAUCGAUCCAAUCCAAAAUGCGAAAGACUUUGCACAAGUACUGAAUUUUAACUAUGAUAAUGAUUUGAACAGUUUAGAAGAAUUUUAUAAAACUGUUUCAUUUGAGCAAUUGGUCUCUCGGCUUGAUGCUAUAGUAAACAAUGAAGGAGUCACUGUACGAUUUGGUCCAUGUGUAGAAAAAGAUAUUGGACAAGAAAGAGUCGUAUCAGAUGUCCCUAUGGAUAUUAUGAAAACAGGGAACUAUUCUAAGAUACCGUUGAUGUUCGGUUUCACCGACAUGGAUGGUGCUUUAAGACUUUCUGUGUUUGAUGCUUGGAAAGACCGAAUGAAUGAGAAAUUUUCCGAUUUUUUACCAACAGAAUUACAUUUUGAUAGUGAAGAAGUUAAAGAACAAGUUGCCGAUAAGGUUAAAACGUUUUAUUUCGGUGACGAGUCUGUGGGCGAUCACAGUAUUGUGCCCUUUAUAAAUUACAACACGGACGUGUUAUUUGCGUACCCAAUGUUAAAAGCUUUAUCAACACGUAUAGAAGCUCUCGAUGAUACAAUAUAUCUAUUUGAAUAUUCGUUUGUGGAUGAAGAUACUCCUAGUUUCCCGCAUACGGACGUACUUGGAGCUGAUCAUUGCUUCCAGUACAUAGCAGUUAUGGAUGAAGAUGUAACUAACCGAACGGAAGAGUAUAAGCAGAUUAAACAAAUUGUUAGAGACAAUUGGGUUAAUUUCGUUUUGACUGGUGCACCGUUACCUAAAGAUCUGGUCUCGCAAUGGCCACCUGCGGAUAUACAAAGAUCUCCUUACAUGUCAUUGGGUCGAGACAUAGUACUAAGAGAAGGCAGUCCUAUUGCAGAGAGAGCAGCUUUCUGGGACAAAAUCUAUGAAGAACAUUACCGCGGUCCUAUUGUAGACAGGGAUACUCCUACUCCUGAGAGCAGCGCCCCAUCAUUGUUGAUCUCUAAUGUUAUGAUGCUUAUAGCAAUUUAUUUAUUUCUUCUUUUCAAUAGACACUAAGUAUAACACGUUUAUGAUGUUGUAUUGAUAGUCAUUUAGAGGUGGGGGUGGGGAUUUUGCCAGUUCUCUCUGUUUCUAUUCAUUAGACGAUUAACCUACUUAAUCCCUGUUGCCACAGAAAAACGAAGCUAUAGGUUCUGCGAGCUCUAUGAUUCUCAUUUCUUUUUUGCAAAUUAUGAUUAUAAAAGUAAAAACGCUAUGCAUUCUACUAUGAAUUUACUUGGGCACCACAAUACGACUAUAUGUGUGCUUUUCCACCAGAUAGGUGCUAUGCUACGCUGCUGUGGACGUGUUUGGUAUCCACCAAUCAUUGGUACACAGCUUAGCAUUGGUGAAAACGGAUUUAACUAAGAUAUGUUUUUUAUUUGAAAAGGUGCGUGCUAUGGAUGGUUUCUCUACUACGAUACAUCGCAUACUUGAGCUGCGUAUCUUCAUAGCACAUCUUACUCGUACCGCUACAUAGCUUAGUAUCACAGCUUAGCUAUU